AUGACAUCUUGGCGAGAAACAAACCGACACAUACGCAUCUUACGCAACGCCGAAGCCGGCAAAUACGGCGUCAUUGCGGCCAUCGCAUACAAUAUCGAGCAAAUCCUAGGUCUUGUGCGAGCCGCCGAGGUCGCAAAAUCCCCACUGAUUAUUCAGUUCUUCCCUUGGGUGAUCGAAGCAACUGGCGGACUCUUGGUUCGAACAGCAGCAGAUGCGGCUGCCCAUGCCAGCGUGCCCAUAAGCAUUCAUUUAGACCACGCGCAAUCCGAAAAGAUCAUCAAACACGCGGCGGACAAUCUUCCUUUUGAUAGUAUCAUGGUCGACAUGUCGCAUUAUGAGAUGGAGGCCAACCUGCAGAAGACUCGGGAGCUGGUCGAAUAUUGCAAUCAGCGACAGAUAGCAACUGAGGCUGAGCCGGGUCGUAUCGAGGGUGGGGAAGACGGGGUGAUGGAUACCGCUGGGCUGGAAGCUUGCAUGACGACAGCCGAAGAAGUGGAUGAGUUCGUGGAUACGGGCGUUGAUGCGCUGGCACCGGCCUUUGGAAAUGUUCAUGGGGAAUACGGUCCUCAAGGUCCACAGUUGGAUUACAAAAGAUUCGAAGAUAUUCGCACGCAAGUCAGAGAAAGAGUCAAUUUAGCACUUCACGGGACGAAUGGAUUCUCGCCUGAGACUAUGAAGCGUUGUGUUGAGGCUGGGGUUUCCAAAAUUAACGUGAACAAAUUGGUGUUAGAUGACUAUUAUGAACAUCUCCGCGCGAAUGUUGGGAAGAUGCCACAUACCCAGCUAAUCGAGGAGGGUAUUCAGAAGGUGGCUGAUUUGACCAUCAAAUGGAUGGAAAUUUGCGGAUCCGCUGGCAAGGCAUGA